AUGGCAAUGUAUCAGCUUUCAUUGGGUAUUGCGAAAGAGCACCUUGGCGAAAACCAUCUAUAUGUUUCCAAUACAUUGAAUGGGAUGGCAAAUGUCCUUCAAGAUCUUGGUUGUCUGGAUGAUGCAAUAGACGCUUACCGAGAGUCUCUGGAGAUUCGAGCAAAGAAUCUUGGAAAAGACCACUUGUCUGUGGCACAGACGUACAACAAUCUUGCAAAUGCUCUGUAUUUGCAGGGGGGACAAGGACUUGAGCGGGCAAUGGAAUUGUAUGAAGGUUUGCUUGACAUUAAGAAACGGAAUCGCGGAGAAUACCAUGUGUCUGUUGCAAACACAUACAACAAUAUGGCGGUGGUAUAUCAAGGCAAAGGAACGACUAAGGAAGCGAUUGAUAUGUACCAUUUAUCUUUGAACAUAUGCAAGGUGGCUCUUGGAGAAGACCAUUCAAGCUUUUCCAAUGCAUUUGAAAAUGCACUUGGGCUACUCAAAGGCCAAGACGACGAAUCCAAAGCUCUUGAAACCUUCUACAUAUUACUGGAAAUCCAGGCAACGAUACUUGGUGGGAACCACCCAUUGAUUGCAGAGACUUGUCGUUACAUGGGUGAACUACUCCAAUCCAAGCAACAAAGGUGCGACGGCUACUUCAAAGCGGCAAUGGAGAUGUAUGAACACUCGCUUGAGAUCUAUGUUGAAACUCUCGGUAAAGAGCACUGGCAGGUUUCCAUAGCGUGCUCAAAGAUAGCGAACAUGCUGGAUGAUCAUAAUUUUUUGCUGCACUGCCGCAAUGCACUUGAGUUCAGUCACAAGGCACUGGGGGAAGAUCACUGGCACUUUCUUGAUUGCUACUCAAAGUUUCAGAAUAUGGUGGAACGAGAAGUCAUGCACCUGCAAAAACUUGCUUUGCCGGAAAAAGCUAUCGAAAUUAUUGACGAAGCCUGCAGCCUUGAAAGUCGUGUUUCCGACCAUGCACGAUCACCUCGCAUCUCCAAACUCAUGACAGAGCUUGAUCUAUAUCUCUACACAAUUAGAUGGAAACAAAACGCCUAA